AUGCCGCCUAGUUUGAAGCAGAGACUUGCUGCUCUUUCACUCGCCGCAUCUUCUCCAACAUCUCCUCUUGGAUCCGACUCAGGUCCUCAUUUUCGAAGAAAAGUAUUCAAUCCACCAUGGAAGCAUACCCCAGGUGCUACGGGACAUGAGCCCGGUGCAAGGGAUAAAGUACAAGAGGUUAUGGGAAAGGUCAUUUUCCAGGCUGGUGUUGAUUUUGAGACUAGGCCUAUGGUAAUUCUCAGUGCAUCGGCGUUACCCGAUCCGCAAGAGGUCUCCUAUGACCUGCUCUUGCAGCGAAUUUUGUCAUACCUCGAUCUCUUUGUCGAAUCCGAUUACACUGUAGUAUUCUUCGCAGCAGGCAAUCGCUACGCUCCAAGCUGGAAUUGGGUUUGGAAGGCAUAUCGAAGCCUGAGUAGGAAGUACCGCAAGAAUUUGAAGCGCCUGCUCAUCGUGCACUCUUCUCUCUUCUCAAAAAUGCUUUUCUCGUUGGCAGGUGCUGUUGUCAGCCCGAAGUUCUUUCGUAAAAUAGUCUACGUCGACACUCUGUCAGAACUUGCUACCCAGGUUCCAUUGACUCAGAUUGACAUUCCACCUGCGGUGUAUAAAGAAAACUUGAAACAGGAGCACCGUAUCGUACUACCAAGUCCAAUUUGCUCUAGCGUCUUUGGCGUGCCCUUGGAGGAACUCAUGGGUCACGACGGCGAAAAGGGUAGCAUUCCGCGGGUUCUGAAAGAUUCUAUCCAGGACCUUUUGACCUCUGGGCUGAACGAGGAAGGGAUUUUCAGGCGCUCGCCGAGUUCCGCGUUACUCAAACAGGUUCAAGAAGCCUACGACAGAGGCCAGGUCGUUUCUCUCCAAAGCUUUAACGACCCUCAUCUCGCAGCUGUCCUAUUGAAGAAGUAUCUUCGUGACCUUCCCGACCCCCCAUUCCCAGAAUCUCUGUAUCCUGACAUACGUCGAUGUCCGACGCCAUCGAAUGACACAACCAGCAUGCUCGCCAUGGCAUAUAUUCGCGACACACUCCUGCCACAGCUGAUGCCAUGCAUGUACAUCUUAUUGAGCAACAUAUUUCAUGUGCUGCACGAGGUAUCUCUACGAUCAAAUGUAAAUCGCAUGGAUGCACACAAUCUUGCUAUUGUCAUUUGUCCCAACCUAGUCAAAAGCUCAGACCCGAUGCAAGAUGUACUCCUAUGUUCUAUAACAAAUGAAUCAUCGACGACCACUGCACCCUCCGCAAGUGCAACGCCGACACAGCCAGCAUCAUCAUCCUCCACUGACACUUCAAAAGGUGGUACUACUCUGGGGUCUAUCGUCAAGCUCUGCAUCCAGCGCUAUUACGAAAUAUUUGAUGAAGUCCAUGAUCGCGCGGAGGCGGUGCACCCGUCUAUCCGAAGGUCACCUUCUCCACCAUCAUCGGAGGGUUCAUCAAGCUCACAGCUCAAGCAGGCCCGACCAUUGAGUUUACGGAGCGAUGAUGAAGACAUUGAUGAUGCGGUGUUGGUCAUGCCGAUUGGGCCCAGUGGGUCGGGAACUACUCUCACGAACGAAAAUUUGAUCAGCGUAUGGGGAGGUGGUGGUGCAGACGCAGAUGCAAAUGCAAAUACCUUUCCAUACCAACCUCGGCGACGAAGGUUUCUUGCACCUGUGACGAGAAAUGGAGGCAAUGAAAGCGGCGUAAAUACUGUUAGUGACCAGAGUCCAAAUGGUACAGUCCACUCCCACCGAAGUACAGCGCGUUCGACAAUCAGCAUAGAACGUCCGGGGAGUUCUAGGAGAGGUUCGAUAUCGAUUGGUCGUGGGACGCUUCGCAAGGCUAGUGGUUCGGGGGUGGAAGCGAUGGGAAUUACCGCUGGCGGGUUUUUCACUCCACCAAGCACUCCUCCUGUGCUCACAUCAAGUAAGCGUCGAGCAUGGGUAUAA